AUGGCCAGUGUCACCGGAAGAUCUCGUUCUGUCUGGCACUUUAUUCCCGUCUAUAUCCUCCCGCCUCGCCUCUGGCCAGACUUUGAGGAUACCCCCGAUCCCGAAUUCGAUCUUAGUAUAUUCCUGCCGCCUGUGCGGAAUCUCCGGCUUUUCAUUGACAGAAUGAAGCGCUUUGCAAGGUUUAUUACUGUCAGAGCCAAUGGUGCAGGCGAUCUCUACUUGGAAAUAAAUAUGGAAACCUUAGCUCGGGUGAGACUCACCUACCACGGUCUCCGUGCCCGUAACUGGCAUCAGGAGCUUGACAAGGCCGAUUCGAAGGCUGCUGAUGCGGGAGCCGCGGUGGACUUGCCUCCAGCAACUGAAUUUUCAGCCACUGUCGAUAUUCGCCGUCUGAGUCAACUGCUAAGUAGUCAACGGAUACAGCCUAACUGGUUUGUUUGCAAUAUUGUCAAUGAUCACCUCCUUCAGUUCGUUCUGCUGUUUGAGAAUGCUCGCCUAAAAUACACGUUGCCAGCGUCCAGGCUCUAA